CCAUUCCCACGAGUUUCCACUUUGUUCCUUCUUUCUUAUAUUAUAUGUAACUCCCUUAUCACUUUCUUACGCUUCAAGACUCCUAAUCACAACCUUCUUCAUUCCUUCCCUUCCAUUCCCUCAUACACUUACGUCAACAUGCUUGCCGCCCCUUCUUCCCACCACACUCUUCUCCUUCUCUUCAUUUCCUCGUUAAUCCUCGCCGUUAAUUCUGACGAUCGUCAACUCCUCCUCGACUUUAAGUCAAACCUUCAAUCACCAAACCCCAACGCCUUCCUCUCAUGGACCCCUGACAACUCCGUUUGCGCCUUCAACGGCGUUACGUGCGACGCUUCCAAUUCCGUUACCGGAAUCAACCUCUCCAACCAUUCCCUCACCGGCGUUCUUGAUUUUCACAAUCUCUGCCGCAUCCAGUCUCUCCAGACUCUCGAGCUCGGUUUCAACUCUCUCCAUGGAAAAAUCUCCGACGACAUCAGAAACUGCACCGGGCUCAAGUUCUUGGACCUUGGGAACAACAACUUCUACGGAACGUUCCCUGACAUCUCACCGUUAAACAAACUGCAGUACCUGUUCUUGAACCAGAGCGGUUUCUCCGGAACUUUUCCAUGGCAGUCACUGUUGAACAUGACGGAUUCUCUGUUACAGUUAAGCGUUGGUGAUAACCCCUUCGAUCUCACGCCAUUUCCGAAAGAAGUUGUUAGUCUCAAGAAACUGAACUGGCUCUACCUUUCGAAUUGUUCACUUGGAGGGAAAAUUCCAGUCGGAAUCGGCAACCUUACGGAGCUUACGGAACUGGAAUUCUCUGAUAACUUAGUCACCGGAGAGCUUCCCGGCGAGAUCGUUAAUCUGAAGAAGCUAUGGCAGCUGACGUUCUACAAUAAUUCCCUAAGCGGAAAGCUUCCCUUCGGUCUUCGCAACCUUACGGGACUAAACUACUUUGACGGUUCAAUGAACAAACUGGAAGGCGAUCUCACCGAGGUGAAGUUCUUAACCAAUCUCGUUUCGUUUCAGCUCUUCGAAAACGGUUUAAGCGGUGAGAUUCCGAAAGAGAUCGGCGAAUUCAAGAGCCUCAAGGCAUUAUCUCUGUAUAGAAACAAAUUAAUUGGUGAAAUCCCUCAGAGACUGGGUUCUUGGACGGAAUUCGAUUUCGUGGAUGUUUCGGAGAACAUGCUUUCGGGUCCGAUUCCACCUGACAUGUGCAAGAAGGGGAAAAUGACUGCUCUGUUAGUGCUUCAGAACAAGCUCACCGGAUCAAUACCGGAAACCUACGCUUCCUGUAACACUCUUAACCGCUUCAGAGUCAGUAACAACUCGCUCUCCGGUUCCGUACCGGGAGGACUUUGGGGUCUUCCGAACGUAGUAAUCAUAGAUAUUGAACUCAACAAUCUAGAAGGUUCGGUUACCUCUGACAUCAAGAGCGCUAAGAAUCUGUCUCAGAUAUACGCCCGGAAGAACCGGUUAUCCGGUCAGAUACCAAAAGAGAUUUCGGAAGCGAGUUCGUUAGUCACUAUUGAUCUCAGCGAGAAUCAAGUUUCUGGUGAGAUUCCAGAUUCAAUUGGAGAAUUGAAACAACUCGGAAGCCUUUAUUUACAGAAGAACGAGUUAACUGGAUCGAUACCUAAGUCUGUAGGUUCUUGUAUUGCGCUAAACAACGUAGAUUUAUCGAUGAACUCGCUCUCCGGCAAGAUUCCUUCUUCGUUAGGAUCUUUACCGGCUCUGAACUCGCUUAACAUGUCCAGGAAUCAACUGUCCGGCGAGAUUCCGGCAAGUUUGGCGUCGCUGAGAUUGAGCCUCUUUGACUUGUCGGAGAAUAGGUUGACCGGCGAAAUUCCUCAGGCUCUUACUAUUCAAGCUUACAAUGGUAGCCUCGCUGGAAACCCUGGACUCUGCAGCGUCAACUUGAUCGGUUCAUUCCCUCGGUGCUCUAAGAAUUCUGGCAUGUCAAAAGGCGUACGUACUCUUGUGGUCUGCAUUUCAGUUGGGCUGGUUGUGGUUAUGCUCUGUUUGACGCUUUACUUGAAAAAGAACAAGAAGAAAGUGAAAUAUGGAGGAGGAGAGCGUUCUCUUAAAGAAGAGUACUCAUGGGACGUAAAAUCCUUCCAUGUUCUAAGCUUCACCGAAAACGAGAUUCUUGAUUCGAUCAAGCAAGAGAAUCUCAUUGGAAAAGGAGGUUCAGGUAAUGUUUACAGGGUGAUAUUGUCCAAUGGAAAAGAGCUCGCUGUAAAGCAUAUAUGGAAUACCGAUGUUGAUUGGAGGACGAAGAAGUCGAGAUCCUGGAGUACUGGUAGUGGCAGUGGAACGCCCAUGCUGGCCGGAAAGCGCACUAGGAAGUCCAAGGAGUUUGAUGCAGAGGUGCAGGCAUUGAGCUCCAUAAGGCAUGUGAAUGUGGUGAAAUUGUAUUGUAGCAUAACAAGUGAGGAUUCUAGUCUUUUGGUGUAUGAGUAUUUGCCUAAUGGAAGCUUGUGGGAUAAGUUGCACACCGGUGGGAAGAUGGAGCUUGAUUGGGAGAUAAGAUAUGAGAUUGCAGUUGGCUCCGCCAAGGGCUUGGAGUACUUGCAUCACUCAUGCGAGAGGCCUGUUAUUCAUCGGGAUGUUAAGUCCAGUAACAUCUUGCUUGAUGAGUUCUUGAAGCCUCGGAUUGCAGAUUUUGGUUUGGCUAAGAUUGUUCAAGCUAACGUUGCAAAGGAUUCUACUCAAGUCAUUGCUGGAACACAUGGUUAUAUUGCUCCUGAAUAUGGCUACACUUAUAAGGUGAAUGAGAAGAGUGACGUGUACAGUUUUGGAGUUGUGUUGAUGGAGCUAGUGACAGGUAAAAGGCCAAUUGAAGCAGAAUUUGGUGAAAACAAAGACAUAGUAAGCUGGGUCCAUAGUAAAGCACAGAACAAAGAAAUGUUUAAGAGUGUUGUGGAUUCAAGAAUUCCAGAGAUGUAUAAAGAAGAAGCUUGCAAAGUGUUAAGAACUGCAGUUAUAUGCACAGCAACUCUUCCAGCUAUGAGGCCUACUAUGAGAACAGUGGUUCAAAUGCUUGAAGAUGCGGAGCCAUGUAAAUUGGUUGGAAUUGUUAUAAACAAAGAUGGCACUCAAAACAAAAUCAGAGCUAAUGCCAAAUAGAAUAGUUUUUGUACUCAUUUUUGUAACUCUUCUGACUCACUGAGAAGUUUUAGUUGGUUUAAAAUAUUAGUGAGUUUAUUAGCAUGAGUUGCAAUAAUGAGUAUAAAAACUAUUCUUUACUACUAAUAAAAUUUCUCUAUCAUCCAUGCUAAGAUGCAAAAGGUUGAAGAAUUUUAGUUCAUGAAAGAGAAUUAAAAACACUAAUUAGAUGAUAAUGUAAAUUUUCCUAGGAGAUAGUAUGUAAAAUAUAUUAGUUAGAACUUCUUUAACAUGUAUUUUUAAACUUUAUUAGGGAUGGAAAACUUAGUAAGAGGUCACCUCCUAAUACUUGUAAUAAAAAGAAGCAAGUUCCUUUGUUUUUUU